UGAGUGGCACCUCCUCAUCAUUGACCACAAAAUAUCACUCUCUAAACAUCAUCUUCAACUCAUCUCACCAUCAUCUACCUCCACCACAACCCAAACAAGCAAUGCAAGCAGCCUUGGCAGCUAUGGCAGCCCACACUGUGAUGCUCUCAACCUACUCAUCUCCCACUCUCUUCUCCCAAAUUCAAAGCCCUAACUCUCACCCACUUCCUCACUCCUCCUUCCAUGGCCUCUCUGUUAAGCUCCCACUCAAAUCCCAAUUCCAAUCCAUGUUUCUGGCCGCAGCCCAUAAGCCUCUCACUGUGGUUGCUGCCACCGAGAAAGCUGUCGCUGUCCCUAAGCCUCUCACUGUGGUUGCCGCCACCAAGAAAGCCGUCGCUGUCCUCAAGGGAAAUUCCAGUGUCGAAGGGGUCGUCACCUUGAGCCAAGAGGACGAUGGGCCUACAACUGUGAAUGUUCGUAUUACUGGACUUACUCCUGGGCCUCAUGGGUUCCACUUACAUGAGUACGGUGACACAACAAAUGGAUGCAUAUCCACAGGACCACAUUUCAAUCCUAAAAGUUUGACUCAUGGUGCUCCUGAGGAUGAAAUCCGUCAUGCGGGUGACCUGGGAAACAUAGUUGCUAAUGCCGAUGGGGUGGCAGAGGUAACAAUCGUGGAUAACCAGAUUUCAUUAACUGGUCCUGAUGCUGUAAUUGGAAGAGCACUUGUUGUUCAUGAGCUUGAGGAUGACCUUGGAAAGGGUGGACACGAGCUUAGUCUAAGCACUGGCAAUGCAGGUGGAAGAUUGGCAUGUGGUGUGGUUGGUUUGACACCAGUGUAACGACAAGAUCCUUUUCAAAUCAGUUUGGUUCGAAGAUUUGGCUGCUGUGGUUCUAAAGUUUCUCAUAUAGUAUAUCUAUUGAGUGUGUAAUGUAAUAUUAUGGACAAGGUCAUUAUAAUAUUUGUGGAAUAUUUUGAUCUCAAUAAACUUGAGUUGCUAUGGUUGCAUUAUGAGAGUGGAGAACUUGCUUUUGACUUUUGAAAGCAGUAAGAUUGGAUUAA